CCCUGUAGUCCCUGCUGCUGUGGACAUUGUAUCAGUCAGAAAAGUUUGCUCAGAGCAGCUGCUGGCAGCUUCCAAGUAGGAUCCCUGACUGCAAGAGGCGCAGAGAAGGCUGAAAAGUCGCUGAGAAACUCAGAUCCUGAAAAUGGCAAGCGGAGGCUGCAUGAAAGUGAUCAAAUACUUCCUGUUCAUAUUUAACCUCCUGUUUUUCAUUCUUGGAGCCGUUAUCCUCGGGUUCGGAGUAUGGAUCCUGGUAGACAAAACCAGUUUCAUCGCCAUCUUACACGCCUCAUCGUCGUCUCUGACGACCGGCGCGUACAUCCUGAUCGCGGUAGGCGGGGUCACAAUCAUCAUGGGAUUCCUGGGCUGCAUCGGGGCCGUGAAUGAAGUCCGAUGCCUCCUGGGACUGUACUUAACGUUCCUGCUGCUCAUACUCAUCGCUCAGAUCACUGCCGGCGUCCUCAUCUAUGUCUACAGGGAUUCGCUGAAGACUGAGAUGUCUGGUAUAAUCCAUGAGCUGAUUGUGGUCUACAACCCCGAGGACAGUGCGAAUGUGAGCGCGGAGGCGACCUGGGACUACAUCCAGGACAGUCUCCAAUGUUGUGGUUGGUUGAAUUACCAGAACUGGACCGAAAAUCCAAUUGUUAAGAACAGCACCGACCUCUAUCCCUGCUCCUGCGUUAAGAAUGCGUCACAAUCGGAUGGUUUCUGCAAUUCCACCGUCUCGAAUCUGUAUCCAAACGGCUGCAUGCAAAAAGUGGAGAGCUGGCUGCAGGACAACCUGGCCAUCAUCUUGGGCGUCUGUGUUGGAGUUGGCGUUAUUGAGUUAUUAGGACUCGUCCUCUCCAUCUGUCUCUGCCGUAACAUCCAAAAUGAAGAUUACACCAAAGUGCCAAAAUACUAAAGAACAUCGUCCUCUUCCGAACCCCACAGAAUGACCGCCCCGGAUGGAAGAAGCCCUGGGGGAGGAUAUGUAACAUCCCGACCCACCAUGUAUAUAACGCAAACCUAUGAGAGAACCAUGCUUAGAGGAGACGUGAUGUCAUAGUAGUGACAUCACGAGGGUUAAUGACUUCAUUACACAGCAGAUUGUCUUUACCUCUAAGAGGGAAGGUCUCUGACCCGACACAAUAGGGGGGGGG